AUGGAGGGCGUCAAGCAUCAAAAGACAACCCACGCCCUCAAUGGCACUAAGCCAACCAUGAAUGGAAGCACCGUCGGUCACCAGAAGAAUAAUGUCAACAAGCCCGUCACUGCUGCUGUUGCUGCUGGAGGGGAUGGGAUCCGUCAGGUUACUCUGGCCGAGUACAAGCAAGCCGCCCAGUGCUUGGCCGAAGCCUUCGCCGACGACGAUGUCGCACGCUACUUCACCGAAGUCCCUGACCGUGCCCACUGGACCGAAAAGCAGAAGUGGGACCUGCAUGUGAGCAUCCUGGAGUACAUCACGUACGCUCACAUCCUAAAGGGCUUGGUGUUGGCUGCAGGCCCCGACUAUGGGUGCAUUGCCUUGUGGAUGCUGCCCGGUCAGAACAUGGAUGACUACCUGACCAUUCUGCGCAGCGGCAUGUGGAGACUGUGGUACAAGCUCUCGGCCGAAGGCAAGACUCGCUUCUUCGACGAGUUCUUCCCUCUACUUCACGAUACCAAGCACGAAGUUAUGGGUGUGCGCGACGACGAGUCGUACUAUCUCGUGUACAUCGGCACAAAGCCUGCAGCCCGUGGCAAAGGUUAUGCACGCAAGUGCAUCGAGUACGUGACCAGAAGCGCGGAUGCCGAAUCUAGAGCUUGUUACUUGGAGAGCAGCAAUGCUGCCAACCCGGCCAUCUACCGCAAAUACGGUUUCGAGACGGUAAAGUCCAUUCAUCUCAAGCGCUCUGAGAAGAUCGUGGACCUUGAAAUCAUGGUCCGCGAACCUCAGCCUGGCAAGAACCAGUCGUCCUUGAGCCUUGAGAAGGUCGACAGUAUGGUCUCCAAUGUCUCAUCCGUCACUCGUCCGAUUUCUGUUUCGAUGAAGCUGGGAGGAGAGAAAGAUGCAAUCGCCAGCAUCUCUGUCGUUUGA